CGUUUGUUAUGGCUGCUUCAUUGGCAGCAAAGGCUGGUGACCACAUGCACAGCAUGUAUAAUAACUUAAAAUUAGCAAAAGGGGCUAUGCGAUAAACUGAUCAGUCAUCAGAAUGCAGAAUGAAUCAGAAUGCAUACGUGCUUUUUGCCAUUAUCUCAUUAGAUUUGCAGUCAACACGCUUCCUCGGGGAUUACAGUAAGGGAUUAGUCUAUGCACAGGAAGAGCAGAAAUUGCAUUGAGGCCUUUCCUCGACGAUGCGUUUUUGUAUUUUUUUCCACACAGACACACGUCACACUAUUCGCUCGUGUCCGUGUUGCUUCACCUCCCAUUGACACCUGGUUGCUUUACGUUUAGCCGCGAGUUUAAAGGUAGCAUCUAUAGCAGGGACAAUGACUGACAUUCCCCAGCUAAUCAAAAUCGCGGUGUCUCUGAAAACGACGCCCAACGAGGGACCAGUGUUCUUCAAAACCGAUGGGACCAGGUUCGAUCAGAGCAGGACAAUCAAAUUACUCACUGGAACAAAAUACAAAAUCGAGGUGGUCGUUAAACCCGGAGUGGUGCAGGCUACGACCAUGACUGUAGGGGGUGUGACCUUCUCCUUGGAGCAGCAGUCCAAGGAUCCCCAGUCAGUGGUCUACACAGGGUUAUACAACACAGAAGGUGUGCCCCACACCAAGAGUGGAGAGAGGCAACCUGUCCAAAUCAGCAUACAGUUUCCUGAUGCUGGUCAGUUUGAGACCACAUGGCAGGUGAAGUACUACAACUACCAGAAGCGGGACCACUGCCAGUGGGGCAACAGCUUCAGAAGCAUCGACUAUGAGUGCAAGCCCAACGAGACCAAGAGCCUGAUGUGGAUCAAUAAAGAGAGUUUUGUCUGACUAGGGAAUUGGUGUGACUUCAUAGUCACUCUGCCUGGUUAAAAGUGAUUGAUAAAGCACCCUGCUGAGACGUCUUCAUUGAUCAGGCCUCCCCCACAGGCUGUAUCAUGUCAUCACCAGUUCCUGUUGCCUCUGUGUUUAUGUGAACUGUGACCUGUCUGUUUGUGUGAUCCUAUGAUCCAAUAUGAAUUAGAUGAUCCUAUGGUGGUGUUUGGACGUUGUCAGAUGUGACUGACACUAUAUCAGCAGUUGAGUCAAUGAUGUUCAAUUCAGACAAACAGAGACUAUUGAGAAGUCAACUACAGAUCCUAGAGAAUAAUGGUUAGCUAGUAAGUGUGUGUGUGUGUGUGUGUGUGUGUAUGUACUUAUUCCAGGAUAUGUACUUACACACUUCUGUCUUUCUAUCUUUUUAUCCCUAUGCAGUUGUCUCAUUUUCUACCUCUGAAGAGCACAAUCAGAACGAGGGAUACUACCUAAGUGCUGACAGAUUUAAGGGUUAAAUUAAAUAUCUUGUUUGUCUGUGAUAUUGUAGAAAAUAAGAUUCUCUGUUACAUAUCAGUUCUGAUCUGUGUUUGUUUGUAAAAAUAUUUUGUAUUGUCGUCAGUCAGAUCCUAACUAUGCACACAUGUGAGGUAGUGAUGUUUUUUAAAAGCAUAUGGUUGUAAAAUGAUAAUUUUCUGAUCUAGAACCUAAAUCUGAGCAAAUAAAGUCUAAGUGCAAUAUUA